AUGCCUUAUGGAGCGGCGCAACAAUCAGUGGUGGACACGUCGCACAUGCAACACGGCCAGCACGAAGACCUCAUCAGCAUGGGCAAUCCCAAUGCCCAGGCAGGUUUGGGCCUAGGAGGUGCCGGUGCAGGCCCACUGCCACCGCCCGCCUACCACCAGCUGACGCCCGAGCAACAGCAGCAGUCGCAGCAGCAGCACUACGCCGCCAAUGGUGCAGGCGGAAAUGGCGGACCUGGCAACUCAGCCACGCCGACGCCUGAUUCUCAGUACUACUCGUCCUAUUGUGAUACCAGAGGGGCCCUCUUUGGUGAUGCCUCUGCAAACCACUACUACCCACUGGACAGUGGUGUGGCCCAGGACUGGAACGGUGGACAGCAACAACAACAACAGCAGCAGCAGCAGUACGGCAACCAAGGGCAGUCUCCGUAUGGUGUGCCCGGUCUGGUGCACCAGCAACAGCAGCACUCACUGGAGCAGCAUCAACAGCAGCAGCUUCCGCCGGGCACCCCGGGCCUGUACGACCAGAGCUCGGUGGCCAGUCCGAAUCACGGUGGCAGCCACAACAGCAGCGGCAACAGCAGCCAGCUUUCCAGUCUUCCGCCAAUGUCCAGCUUUGCCAGUCGCCCUCCGAGCGGCCCCUACGUCCCUUCCGCCCAAUCCGUCGCCACAACCGCUGGGCCCCUCAGCAUGUCGGUUUCUCCUGGAGUGGACAUCAAACCCGAGCUGACCAGUCUCUACCCACCGGGCAGUGUUCAGCAGGAGGCGCAGUGGGCGAUGCACCGAUCUGCACCUUCCGGCUAUCCUGGCACCGACCCCGGCAAGCUUCCCGGCGAGGUCUCUCACCUGCACAGUAUGCAAAGUCCUAAUGGCGCCCUGAUGGGGAACAUGCGAGGAGGCAUGGCCAAUGUGGCAUCGCCUCCUGUGGUGUCCAAUCUGCAGGCGAACUCUGUGGCCGGUCAGGCAGCUAGCUCAAAUGCGCCCACUCCUGCUCCAACCUCGACCACAAACAGCGGCAAAAAGAGCGGAGGUGGACGUGUGGCGAAACCGAAGCGUGCUCGUGGUCGCUCCACCAACUCGGCGGCGGCCACCGUUGCUGCCUUUGGUGCUGCACUCGGUGCUCACCUCGCCAGUGUUAGCGGGGGCAAUGGCGGCGGUGGUGGUGGCGGCGGUUCACUCGACGAUAUUGACCUUGAUGGCUCUGACCACGAAGACGAUCCACCUGAAAUUAAAGUGGAGCGCGAGAAGGAAAGAAGACAGGCAAACAAUGCCCGCGAAAGGAUCCGCGUUCGCGACAUAAAUGAAGCCUUCAAGGAGCUAGGCCGAAUGGUCGUCAUACACAUGAAGUGCGACAAGGCGCAAACAAAGCUGAAUAUUCUCCACCAGGCAGUUGACGUAAUCACCAAUCUUGAGACCCAAGUUCGAGAGCGAAACUUGAAUCCCAAGACGGCUUGUCUGAAGCGUCGCGAGGAGGAGAAGAGCAGCGAACAGGCUGUGAGCAGCAAGUUCAUGGGCAGUGUGCCUCCCAAUGCCAUUGCCCUGCCGCCUGCGAUGAUGGGCGGCGUGCCUCCUGGCUCACAGCUGGGUCCCAACGCCCCUCCGCCUCACCCGAACAUGAUGAACAGUGGCCAGCAGCAGCACAUGCAGUCCAUUGUGACCAGCUCAAAUUCAAUGCAGCCCAUUGACCCUAGUAUGAGUCUCGACUCGCUGAGGUUACCACCAAUGGUAGGUGUGAACAUUGCCCAGCGCUAA